AUGGUCGGUGCCGGCGCAGCCUCGCUCCGGCGUUUCGCUUCCGGGGUCAGAGGUGGCGGCGGCGCCGCGCGGGGCCGGAAGCGGCUCGCGCCGGGGUCUACUUCCGGCGGGGACCUGGCACCGGCGCCGCCAGCAGGUGAUGCACUGACCAGCUCGCAGAUGUUGCCCCAACUGACGUAGGCCCCAAGUUGCUUGGGCCAAGGAUGAGCAAGCCGACAGACUUGCAGCACGACCUGGAACGAAGCCUCCCAGCCAUAGCGUCCAUCAGCACUUCGUUUUCCCAAAGCCCAGGCUUUUCUCCAUACUGUUAUUUCUCUCCGGAGAAGAGGAAAGCCAUCUCAGACGUGAGGAGGACCUUCUGCCUCUUCGUCACCUUUGAUCUGCUCUUCAUCUCUCUGCUGUGGAUAAUUGAACUGAAUACCAAGGAUGGCAUUCAGAAGAACUUGAAGAAUGAAAUCAUCGAGUACAGUUUUAAGACUUCUUUCUUUGACAUAUUUGUCUUGGCUUUCUUUCGAUUUUUUGUGUUGCUGCUGGCCUAUGCAAUCGUGAAACUGCGCCACUGGUGGGUCAUAGCGGUCACUACAUUGGUAUCCAGUGCCUUCCUGAUUGUGAAGGUCAUCCUCUCCGAGCUUCUGACCAAAGGGGCUUUCGGCUAUUUACUUCCUAUCGUCUCGUUUGUCAUUGCUUGGCUAGAGACUUGGUUCCUGGAUUUUAAAGUCCUAACUCAGGAAGCAGAAGAGGAACGAUGGUACCUGGCAGCCCAGGCCGCGGCCGCUCGAGGCCCCCUGCUCUACCCUGGAGCCCUCUCGGAUGGGCAGUUUUACUCCCCUCCGGAGUCCUUCGCAGGGUCGGACGAGUCGGAUGAGGAAGGCGCAGGAAGGAAAGCACUGACAGCACAGGAGAAAGAAUAUGUCCGCCAAGGCAAAGAAGCGAUGGAAGUUGUGGACCAAAUCCUAGCCCAGGAAGAGAACUGGAAGUUCGAGAAAAACAAUGAGUUUGGUGAUGUUGUUUACACUUUUGAAAUACCUUUCCAUGGCAAGACCUUUAUUUUAAAGGCUUUCCUGCAGUGCUCUGCUGAAACAGUUUACCAGGAGGUUAUUCUCCAGCCUGAGAAGAUGAUCCUGUGGAACAGAACAGUGGCAGCUUGCCAGAUCCUGCAGCAGGUUGAAGACAAUACGAUCGUCUCGUACGACGUAGCAGCUGGGGCCGCAGGCGGUGUUGUUUCUCCCAGGGACUUUGUGAACGUGCGUCGUAUCGAGAGAAGAAGAGACAGGUACAUUUCCUCAGGGAUAUCGACCACGCACAACCUGAAGCCUCCGCUCUCCAAAUACGUCAGGGGUGAGAACGGGCCUGGAGGAUUCAUCGUGCUGAAGUGUCCAAGCAACCCCAGGGUCUGCACGUUCAUAUGGAUUCUCAACACGGACCUGAAGGGUCGCCUUCCCCGCUACCUAAUCCACCAGAGCCUGGCGGCCACCAUGUUCGAGUUCGCCUUCCACCUGCGCCAGCGGGUCGCCGAGCUCGCGAGCAAACCCUGAGCAGCGGGGAGCCGCCCUCGCCGGACAUUCCUCUGCGGCCGGAGACGGGGCAGAGCCUCGCGCGGGCCGGGGGGAGCCGCGCCGAGCCCCCGCGGCGGCUGCCCCCACUAACCGAGCCGAGGCCGCGGCGCCCGCGGGUGCCCGGCUCCCUCUCCUGCUGCUGCUCCGCCUAACCGGGGCCCCGACCCCCCGACACUGUGCUGCGUGCCAAACCCGCGCUGCGAGGGCCGGGCUCGGCCCCCCCCUCGGCGCCGGCCUCCCCCUUCCCCGCGCACGGGCUUCGGGCCGGACCAGUGAACCCGGCGCCGAGCUCCCGGCGCUGCCGCCUCCCCGCCCCGGGGACAGAGGGGCUGGAGGACGAGGCCGAAGAGCAGGUGAGGGGGGGCCUCCGUCCCCCUGUCAGUCUGUCCUGGGGGGUCACAGAUGCACUGGUGUCCCCAAGGGGGGGGGCUCCUGCCCCUCCCCACGUCCUUGGGACCUGGCACUUCUGCAGCCCCAGCGCACCGAGUCCCUGGGCCGGCAGCUGCUCGCGGGCCCCUGUGCUGGGGCUGAUGCCCCCCCCGAGCCCCCCGGCUGCCCGGCACAGGGGGACAGCAGCUCCCCGCGGAGGCAGAGCGCGAUUCGCCUUACGCAGAGACUUUUCUCCUUUUUUUUUCGGGGGGGGAAGGGGGCUGCGGGGGCGACUGCGGCUGCUUUCUACCUGCGUGCGCCGGUGCCGUGUUCUGCGCUAUAAAGGGAAACAGCGCGGAGCCGCCCGCACGCGGGGGCCCGCGCCGGCAGCGCUGCCGGGAGCCGGGGGAGCGCCCGUGCCUGGGGCCCGUGCCAUGCGGGGGUCCCGGCCCCUGCGCCCGGCCGCCCUGGGGUCCCGGAGCCCCCCCCGGCCGGCACCUGUCAAAAUAAAAAGCCUUGCACUA